AUGCCAAUUUUGCAAAUUGAUACAAAUUUGUCAAUGACUAAUGUGCCGUUAGAUUUUACAGUAAAGACUUGUGAACUAAUGGCAGAUGUAUUUAAAUCACCAAUAAAAUUUUGUGUUGUGCUCAUAAAUCCUGAUCAAGAGAUAUAUUGGUAUGGGAUAGAUGGUCCAUGUGUCUUAGGAACAUUAAAACUAGUACGCGGUUCUGGAAAAAUCAGUCCUGAACAAAAUAUUAGUCAUGCUGAAAAACUUGUAAAACACAUCAGCGACAAUUUAAAACUAACUAAUAAGAAUAUAUCAAUAUCAUUUGUCGAACAAGAUCCAGAAAAUGUUACAAUAUUUAAUACUACUGUAUCAAACUUUUUACAAAAUAAAAAUUAA